AUGAGCGGCGGCUCGGCCCCCCUCCCCUACUCGAUGCGAGAUGUGGAUGGCGGCGCAUACAACAACGCCAAGUUCCGCCAACGAUCUCGCCUCAAGAUGGUUACCCAGGCUCUUAUUUCUAAGAGCAGCAAAUACCAAUUUGGAAAAUUCACCCUUGGGAAAUUCUUGAGUCUUCUAAUGGUUUCUGGCUUAAUAUACUUGCUUGCGCACAAAAGUUCGAAGGGUUUUGUAUCUGGUGAGCUCCAUGACAAAGAAGUAGAGAGUAGACAUGCCAGUAAAGAUUCUCCCACUAUCCGUACAUUCUGGAGAAAGCCACCAAGGCUACCUCCACGUCUUCCUCCAAAUGAAAUAUAUAAGAACAGUUCAACACUUCACCACCCCACUUCAUCUGAAUGGACAUCCAGGCAGAAGAAAGUUAAAGAAGCAUUCGAACAUGCAUGGUCUGGCUACCGAAAUUAUGCGAUGGGUCAUGAUGAGCUUAUGCCUUUGAGCCGCAGAGGUGUAGACGGAUUAGGAGGUCUAGGUGCUACUGUUGUGGAUUCUUUAGACACUGCAAUAAUAAUGGGUGCUGACGAUAUUGUGUCUGAAGCAUCAAAAUGGAUUGAAGACAACCUAAUGAAAAAGAUCAGCGAGAAAGGGCAGGUCAACUUAUUUGAAACCACUAUCCGUGUCUUGGGAGGGCUUCUUAGUGCAUAUCAUUUGAGUGGUGGAGACCAAGCAGGAGGAGGUGAUUCUGGGAUAGCAGUAACACCUAACAAGACUAAUCCAGAUCGUCUUCUGGCAGUCUCAAAGGAUUUAGCAGACAGAUUAUUGUUAGCUUUUACAUCAAGUCCAUCGGCUAUACCUUUUAGUGAUGUUGUUCUUCGUGAUCGUUCUGCACAUGCAUCCCCUGAUGGCUUAAGCAGUACCUCUGAGGCUACAACAUUGCAACUGGAGUUCAGUUACCUUAGCAGAAUAUCAGGAGAUCCAAAGUAUGACUCAGAGACAAUGAAGGUGUUAGAGCAUAUGCGAACACUCCCAACAGUGGAGGGUUUGGUGCCUAUUUAUAUUAAGUAUGUAUGGCUUCAACCCUUAUGUAUCUUUCCCUACUCUGGACAGUUUAGCGGAGAGAAUAUUCGACUAGGGUCGCGUGGUGACAGUUACUAUGAGUACCUAUUAAAAGUUUGGAUUCAGCAAGAAAAUUAUCGUAACACUAGCUUGAAGUAUCUAUUUGAAAUGUAUACGGAAGCAAUGAAAGGGGUCAGGCAUCUUCUUGUUCGGAAAACUACUCCAAAUGGGCUAGUUUUUGUUGGGGAGCUUCCCAGUGGACGAAAUGGUGCUUUUAGCCCUAAAAUGGAUCACCUGGUUUGUUUUCUUCCUGGCACCCUUGCUCUGGGUGCAACAAAGGGUAUCACUAAGAAAAAGGCUCUUGAAAGUAAUCUUCUAACUAAGGAAGACAUAGAAAAUCUUCAGCUUGCUGAAGAUCUGGCUAAAACUUGUGUUGAGAUGUACUUUGUGACUUCUACUGGACUUGCUCCUGAAAUUGCUUAUUUUCACAUUGAGGGUAAUCCUGAAGGUGGACCUGAUGGUGGGAACAAAAGUUCUGAAUAUAUUAGUGACAUCAUAAUCAAGCCUCUUGAUCGUCACAACCUUUUACGCCCAGAGACUGUGGAAUCCCUAUUUGUUUUGCAUAGAAUCACAGAGGAUCCAAAGUAUAGGGAGUGGGGUUGGCAAAUUUUUCAGGCCUUUGAGAAGUAUACAAAAGUUGAUUCUGGUGGUUAUACUUCACUGGAUGAUGUCACAAGCCUACCUCCACCUAGGAGAGACAAAAUGGAAACCUUCUUCCUGGGGGAAACAUUGAAGUACCUGUAUUUGCUGUUUGGUGAAAGUAAUAUUCUUCCACUGGACAAGUAUGUAUUUAAUACUGAGGCCCACCCACUUCCGGUCAUUCGGUCUGUGGUACAGGUUUCUAAUACCGUAUAG